UAUAACAAAAAAGUCAUAUAGUCUGUGGUUGUAGCCUGAAUUCCUAAGUCUCAAUUCUUACGUGAGCUUCACUUUUUAAUAUUUUACACUGAGAAUAUAUAGAAUCAAACCUUAAAUAAGAGUUUUUUUCUUUUUUGAGAAUAUUAAAGAGAUGGCUGCACACCUUUUCAAUCGCAUCGGCCAGUUGGGCCUAGGAGUUGCUCUUGUAGGAGGAGUUGUGAACUCUGCUCUUUAUAAUGUUGAUGGUGGUCACCGUGCAGUUAUAUUUGAUAGGUUUGCUGGAGUCAAAAACCUAGUUGUGGGGGAAGGGACCCAUUUCUUUAUUCCAUGGGUACAAAAACCUAUUAUAUUUGAUAUCAGAUCCAGGCCCAGAAAUGUUCCUACUGUCACUGGAAGUAAAGAUCUUCAAAAUGUAAACAUCACACUUCGUAUUCUGUUCCGCCCCGUACCUGAUCAACUUCCCAGAAUCUACACCAUCCUUGGUGUGGACUAUGAUGAAAGAGUAUUACCAUCGAUCACAUCAGAAGUGCUCAAAGCGGUAGUAGCACAAUUUGAUGCGGGAGAAUUAAUCACACAGAGAGAGAUUGUUUCCCAAAAAGUGAAUGAAAGCCUAACUGAGAGGGCUGGACAGUUUGGUUUAAUCUUAGAUGACAUUUCAAUCACACAUUUGACCUUUGGCAAGGAGUUUACACAGGCUGUUGAAUUGAAACAAGUUGCACAACAAGAGGCAGAAAAAGCCAGAUUUGUUGUAGAAAAGGCAGAACAACAGAAGAAAGCGGCCAUCAUUUCCGCUGAAGGAGAUGCUCAGGCAGCUGUUCUUUUAGCUAAAUCCUUUGGAAAUGCUGGAGAGGGUCUUGUAGAACUCCGACGUAUAGAAGCUGCGGAAGACAUAGCCUAUCAACUAUCCAAAUCACGAAAUGUUACUUAUCUUCCUCAAGGCCAAAAUGUAUUGUUAAACCUGCCCACACAAAACUAAGGCUCAGUAGUUGUUUAACUGGUAGUUUCAUAAGUUUUUGUUUACUGUGCAUUUGCAUUGUAUCUACAAUUAAUGGUAAGAGAUGUUGCAUUUUAAAGACUAUUGGUAUAGCAUCUGUAUGAAUGUAGUCCUGAGUUAGCUUUAUGGAAAUGUAAUUAAACAAUAAUAAACUAUACUUUGUUC